UAGGCUAAUAUGCUCUCGUAUCACGCGUCUAAAUCUUGAAGUUGAUUCAAGAUGCUAUCCCGGUUUUCCUCCAGCUUGUGUCUCAUUCUCUUGUCCUUUUCUAGAUGUGUCUGCGCGAAAGUGGUUGCAACCGAAAAUGGAACGGCGCUAGUUAUCCAGAAUGACCGUCUAUUCACACGUGUCGACAAGGCCUCUGGGGCCAUGGAUGCGAUACUCUUAGACGGCCAAAACCUCCUAGGCACACGAUCUGGAUCUACCGGCAUAUUCAAUUUAGACUGUUAUUGUGUUCCCAGUGGCUUUUGGACUCCAGGAUCGACGCGACCAACCUAUGAGCUGUAUGCCGGAACAGACUCUACGGGCACCGACUAUGCCGGGAUCAGGAUGUCCGACACUUACACGCCCACUGGGCAGAUUCUGGAACAGUAUUGGUUCCUCAGAGACGGGGAGACUGGCCUUCAUACGUUUUCACGUCUUGCGUAUUACAACGAGACCACACCAUUCUUGCGAAACCUUCAAGAAUUCCGAACAUUAUUCCGACCGAACUCGAACAUAUGGACUCACCUCGCGACUAACGGAAGGCAGUAUGCGCCGUUACCCGGCGCAGAGGCCGUGAAAAAAGAGGUCGUCGUACAAGAUGCUACCUGGUACUUGGGAAAUACACCUAAUGAUCCAUAUGUUCAACAGGAGGCCGACUACUUCACUAAGUACACGUUCCAGGAUACUUGGAGAGACCAUGAUGCUCACGGGAUGUACGCUGACGGGUCCAAAAUCGCGGACAAUUCAACAUUCGGAGCUUGGAUGGUUAUGAAUACGAGGGAAACCUACUUCGGAGGUCCUUUGCAUUCUGACUUGGUCGUUGAUGGAAUCGUCUAUAAUUACAUAGUCUCAAAUCAUCACGGAGACCAAACGCCAAACAUCACCAAUGGGUUUGACCGGACAUUUGGCCCGCAUUUCUACUAUUUUAAUCAUUUCCCAGCCGGAACUGAUCUCCAGGUCCUCCGAGAGGACGCUGUGAAACUUGCUGAUCCGGAAUGGAACGCCGACUUCUACGAUUCCAUUGCAAAACACGUGCCCAACUACGUUACCAGUAAACAGCGUACUACUUGGAACCUACAGGUAAACUUACCUAAGAAUGCCAAAAACCCCAUAGCUGUAUUAGCACAGAAUAGGGUAGACUUCCAAGAUAACGUCUUAGACACCAAAGCCUAUCAAUACUGGGCUGACAUCGAUGAGAGCGGUCAUGCCAGCAUCCCACGUGUGAAAGCUGGCACGUACCGACUUACAAUCUAUGCGAACGGCAUAUUCGGGCAGUACACUCAAGAUGAUGUAACAGUGCGUGCCGGCAAGGUAGAUACGACUCGGGUUAAAUGGGUAGAGGAAAGCCAGGGAGUCGAAAUCUUCCGUAUCGGCACGCCUGACAAAAGCAGCGGUGAGUACCGGCACGGUUACGAGCCAGACUUGACGCACCCACUCCAACCAGAGCAGUACAGGAUAUACUGGCCAGUGCACGACUUUGUCAGCGAUUUCCCAGAAGGUGUGACGUUCAGAGUAGGCGAAAGUGAUGUGGCCAAAGACCUGAACUACGUCCAUUGGAGCGUGUUUGGGGGCUAUGCCAACUCCCUUCGCACCGAGGCUUACUACGGCGACGGCAAUGUAAACAAUUGGACCAUCGUAUUUGAGUUGGAAAAGUCCCAAUUCUAUCAGAAGCAGCAAGCGACAUUCACCGUUCAGCUAGCUGGAGCCAAGACUGCCGCAGGAAACACCGACGUGUACAACGCUUCGGAGCCUUAUUCCAAUUUACCGUAUACGGUUAAUGUCAACGGAAAGGAUCUCGCGCCCUGGAUAAUUCCUUACUACCACAGCAGCUCUUGUGCAGUGCGGUCCGCAGUCAUCUGCUAUAACGUCGCGAACAAGUUUACAUUCGACCCAGCCUUGCUCAAGGAAGGCGAAAAUAAAAUCGUCUUGAGCCUACCAUAUAAUGCCACCGACUACGAGAGUGCGGUGCUGCCCAGUUCGGUCUAUGUGCAGUACGAUGCAUUGAGGCUAGAAGUCAGCUCAGGGACGAAGCAUGGCCAUAAGAGAGCCACGUAAGGCAUUUUAAUCCAAGAUCUUGGGGAUCUAUAACUAAAAAUAACCUGAG